AUGCGCGAGUCCUUGAUGCCUAUGCCGGACGAUUCCGAAGACAAUCAUGUGGACAUUCCCAAUAUGAUAGUCGCCGUGCGCAUACGACCCAUCUCACAGGCCGAGCAAUUGAAUGGCCAUCGAAGCUGCUGUCGCGUUGCAGGCGACCAGACCGUUGUCAUUGAGAAACCUGGCAUUCCCUUGCGGCACUUGAAAAGCCAGCGCGGGUUCACCAACGAAUAUGCGUACGACAUAGCGUUUCCCGACUAUGCUAGCCAAGGCGAUGUCUACACCAAAACCGUGCGCAACAUCAUCCCCACCAUCCUCAAAGGCUUCAACGCAACCAUCUUUGCAUAUGGCGCGACGGGCGCUGGCAAGACGCACACCAUGAUGGGAUCGGAGCGCGACGGCAACAUCUUUCGCCUGAUCAAUAGCGCGCGCGCGGACGAAGAAGACGCGUCCGUGGCGGAAGGCUUGGGGUUCCAGUGGAGCGUCGUGGUGACAUACCUAGAAGUGUACAACGAGCAGAUUCGCGACCUGCUCAACCCAUCCAGUCGACCGCUGGCAUUGCGUGAAGACCCAGUCAAGGGGGUGGUGCAUGUGGCCGGUCUGCACCAUGUGACGGUGGAAACCUCGUCCCAAGUGCUGCAGCUGCUUCGGUCCGGCAAUCGCAAUCGCCGGACCGAAGCCACGGCGGCAAAUCAGGUGUCAUCGAGGUCCCAUGCGGUGCUGCAGGUGACCGUGAAACACAUGACCACAACCAUGUUCCGCCACAACAAUCCACAUGAGGCUACGACGGAAGGCGUGCUGUCGCUCAUCGACUUGGCCGGGUCCGAGCGCGCAUCCAACACGCAAAACACGGGCCUUCGCCUCACGGAAGGAGCGAAUAUCAACAAGAGUCUGCUCGCGCUGGCCAACUGCAUCAACGCGCUGUCGUCGUCGAUGAAGGAACGGCGGCGGUCCGACUCGUCUGUGACACUGCGCGUGCGUGACAAGCCAGCGCCGCGCACCAAGUACCGCGACAGCAAACUCACGCAUUUGCUCAAGAGUUCGUUGGAGGGCGACUGCCGGUUGGUGAUGAUUGCCAACAUCAACCCGUCCCACGCAUGCUUUGAAGAGACGCACAAUACCCUCAAGUAUGCCAACCGAGCCAAGAACAUCCGUAUUCGGCCCAAGAAGCACGUCGUGACGGCGGAGAUGACGCACAUCCAACGCGCAGACCGUCUGGAGCAGGAGAAUGCGGCGCUGCGGCAAGCGCUCCUGGACGCGCGGGGCGGCGGGGGCGUCAAGCGCAAGAGCGUCGACGCGGACAUGUUGAACGACCUCCAGUUGGACAUGGACGCCAAGCGAGCCAAGCACCACGAGUCCGUGUCCCUGCAGCGCACAAUUGAUCAGUUGACGCGGGAGAAGCAGCAGCUGCAGGCGCGAGUGGCCAACCUGGAGGCGGAGAACCGCCAGUUGAAGCAACUGCAGAACGGCCCCCGCCGCGUCAGCGUGGCCAGCACCAGCCAACUGCAUCGCAGCGCCGUGCAUCCAGUGGCGUAUCCGAAAUCGUCCAGACAGAGCUUGAUUCCAAGAUUUAACCCACAGCGUCCAUAA